GGAAACGGAAGACCAGCUGAUCAGCUGGAGGAGAAACGUCGAGUUAUACAUACUAAUAAAACGGUGUUUUGUAGGCUAUAAAUGACCACUGCGGGGGUUUAAGCAGCCUCUUCGUAUACUUUAUGGACGGAAGUAACGACGGAUAUAAGUAACUUGCUUUGAAGUUAGUUUCCUGUAACCCUUUUUGGCUUCCAUGUAAACAUACCUAACGUGACCGAUAGCAUACUGUUCUGUCGCGAGAGUCUGUAGCUGCUUCAGCACGCUGAACUGCUGCCUGGGAGCAACGGGCUGUGAUGGGAACACAAGUCUCACCUCUUUCAUGAGUCAUGAAUCCCGUCAUUAAAGAAAUUGAUCCGGUUCACAGCAACACCACCAUUUCCUACGAGGCAGUACCUGCUGUGGGAGCCGAUGGAACCAACAUCAUGAAACUGAUUCCUGUACAAACGGUCAACAGACAGUUUUUCCAAUCUCCAACAAGCCAACCUGAAACAGAUCCUACACCACAGAGAGCUGAAGCCAUGAACAUUUCAUCAGAACCUAUCCAGAUGUUUAAAACAAAUGUGGAACUUACUAACUCAAUGAACAAGUAUUUAUCCCAGCAACAGAAUAUAAAGUUAAGGACCAUAGCUCCAAGUGCAACUCCUGCAGCUAACAUUGGGAUGUCCGGAAGAGUUCCGAGUCAGCUCCCAGCCACAGUGAAAUCUCUAGAACUCCCUAGAGGACAGUGCCCACGGACUCCCUCUAACACACAAGUCCAAACAGUCCCAGCACCUGAACUACCUAAGAAACAGAUUUUCACUUCGUCGGCCAACUCCUCUCCGAGUACAGGCUUGUUCAACGGGUUAACUUUACGCUGUUUCAAUCAAGAGUUUGAUCAAAACAUGGAUUGUGCUUUUAACACGCUCCAGUUUCUUUGCAAGGUGGCAGGUAAACAUUCAUUAAGACCUCGAUUAAAAGAUUCACCACAUUUAACAUUGAUUCCAAAGGGUUCACAAAAGCCCAACAGCCCCAUGAAGUGGGUAGUUGGUGAAGAGGAUGGCUCAAUAGUUCCAACUCCUGAUCCAAUUAAUUCUGUAACUUCAGAGGUCCUUCGAAUUGUUGCAGAGAGAGAAAAUGCUAAAAAGCUCUGUGACGGCAUUACCAAACCCAGUCAUACUCUUGAGCCUGUUCCUUCUCUUGUUGCAUCAGAGAUUAUUCGAGUUGCUGCAGAGAGAGAAAACGCUGAAACACUCUGCGAAGUCAUCACCAAACCGGGUCCAACUCUUGAGCCUGUGCCAUAUUUUGUUGCUUCAGAGAUUCUUCGAGUUGCUGCAGAGAAAGAAAAGGCAAGCAAGCAAUGUGAUGUCAUUUCAAAACCACUUUCUGGGUCGAGUCCAGGCACAAGCGUACACAGACAGAAUCACAACUCGGUCAUCAAAAACAGAGAGGAUGCACCACAGCAAAAGAAGGUAGAUAUAUUUAACAUUCCUCGUAUGGCAGUGCCUACAAGAAACAGUGGGGAAGUAGGGAGAAAUCCGAGUCAGAUUCCAGUCACAGUGACAUUUCCAGCACUGGGAACAACCGUGAGAAACUGUGAGAAGUUAGGGAAAACCCCCAGUCAGCACCCAAUCACAGUGAAAUCUACAGCACUACCCAGAGGACAUGGCCUUCGGAGUCCCCCUGAUACACAAGUCGGACCAGUCCUAGUAUCUGUAGUACCACCGGCUAUCAAGAAACAUGUUCCUACUUCAUCAGCCAACUCCUGUCCAAGUUCAGGCUUACCUAAUGCUGUCAAUUUGUCCCCUACCACAAGUGUCAACCUUACUCCACAAAGUGAUUCUACACUUGAAAUACGCAAGUUUAUUUGCAACGAUUCCCCAAACAAUUCAUCUGGACCUCCAUCAAAAGAUUCAAAACCACACUUAAGAUUGAUUCAAAGGGUUUCAAAAAGGCCCAACAGCCCCAUGAAGUGGGUUGUUGAUGAUGAUGAUGAUGAUGAUGAUGAUGGUGAUGGCCCAACAGCUCCAACUCUUGAUCCCAUUGAUUCUUCCGUUGCUUCAGAGAUUUUUCGAGUUGUUGCGGAGAGAGAAAAUCUUGGAAAGCACUGCGACGUUAUCCCAAAACCAGAAUCUGGGUCAAGUCAGGGCAAAAAUGUUCAAGGACAGGAAACCGUAAUCGUUUGUGAUGGCAAAGUGUUUUUAGUGGCAAAAAAUUGCAGCUUACAAUUUGAAACUGGGAAAAGUAACUCGCCCUUGGCAGCAAGCAAAGCAUAUGAAUUCAACAAAACUAUCGGACCUUCUUGCCAACAAUCAGGGAAGGCAUCUGCUCUUCAGAAAAGGGGGGGCCUCCAAAUAAUCCCUCAAGAUGAGUCAGGCGAAGUGAUUGACCUGUGUGAUGAUGGCGCUCACAAGGACUCGUCUCAACCAUCAGUUCAUACGCCAGGAGUCACUCAUCCAUUCACCUCCGACAGCAGCAGUGGAAUAUGCUGUCAAAUAGAAAAGGAUACCGGCAAAAUUGAGUGCUCUAUGAAUCCUGCUACAAGUUGGACAUCUUCGCUGGCAGCGGAAUCCUGUCAAAUUGCCGAUCCUCUGCUGAGACACAUGUUUGGAAUAACAGCCGAUGUGAAAAUUAGCCUGCAGAGGAUUGACAAAGACUCGUCUGCAAAACUUCUACUGAGUGAGUCCAUAAAGUCGGUGGAGGAUAAUCAGGAACAAGUGAGCGGGUUGCAACAGGAAGAUGUUUCUUUACAGGACCUUUACAGUCUACAAGACAGUAACAGCUGCAAUGGUACCGUCAAUGUCCCAACAGGGAAUGUACUGAAAACUGAACCAGAGGAUUCUGACAGUCCAACUCCUCUCUAUGCAUUGUACUAUUCAGGUAGCACUCUGGACAAGGGAACAUCAUGUCAUAUUAAAAGUGAGCCAGAAUGUGGAUAUGUGGAACCCAUAGAUGAAGAUUUCCUCAGCACAGAUGAAAGCAACAUCCCCAACUCACGGGACAUCGCUGGCCAGGCACAGACUCCGACUUGUGUGGAUCCGAACACAAACACAGGGAGAAUGGGAAGAAAAAGGAAGCGCACAAUGUGUCCUUGUUGCGUCCCUGCGGGGGGGCACGGUGCAAGGUCGGAAGAGCCCAAGAAGUGGGCAUGGGGGACGGCGCAGACGAGUAGAAAAGGGGGAAGAACCAAAUUUGCUAAAAAAGUUGUAAAAACAUCUGGAAAGAUCAGCUGUCAAAAAGUGAAGGAGUGUAAGAAUGCUGAGGGUCUAGUGAGUGACAGUGAGACCACUGUCUCUGACGUAGUCAAACUACACGAACAGAUCCAAAGACUCAAAGAGCUUCUGCACGAGAAAGAGGCCGCUUUAGAACUGAUGACAAACAGCGUGGGCGGGGAUCCAACAAUUUGAACUCUAAUAUUCUAGGAAACGUUUUUUUAUUAUUAGUAUAGAAUAUGUUGUUCUCCCAUUUAUGUUUGUUGGAGUUAGCAACUGUAAAAGCACAUCUAAUGUGAGAAAUUGAUAAAUUAAUAAGAAAUGCUUUAGUAAACAGUCAGUAUGGAGUUUAUAGUUGGUAACUAAAAAGCUAUUUGCUUACUCAUUAA